UGGCAACGCAGGUAUUGGCAUCACUGAUAAUUGACAGUUAUUUACUAAAUGAAAGCUUGUUGAGGUUACUAAUUUCUCCAAAAGUUUUAUUAAUUAAUUGUUAAGAAAUGGCUACCUCAAAAACUACAAACACUUAUAAUCGACAAAAUUGGGAGGACGCUGAUUUUCCAAUUCUGUGUCAAACAUGUUUGGGAGACAAUCCUUACAUCAGAAUGACUAAAGAAAAGUAUGGAAAAGAAUGUAAAAUUUGCUUGAGACCUUUCACUGUAUUCAGAUGGUGUCCAGGUGCAAGAAUGCGCUUCAAGAAAACUGAAGUUUGCCAGACAUGCGCGAAACUUAAAAACGUGUGCCAAACGUGUCUUUUAGAUCUUGAAUACGGUCUUCCUAUACAAGUCAGAGAUGCAGCAUUAAAAAUGAAGGACGACCUUCCCAAAAGCGACGUCAACAAGGAAUAUUACAUCCAAAAUCAAGAAAGAGAGCUUUCAAGAACUGACCCGGGUUCCAUGAACGCCAAACUGAACGAACCCAACGACCUGCUGAUGCGGUUGGCCAGGACGGCGCCGUACUACAAGCGCAACAGGCCGCACGUUUGCUCGUUUUGGGUGAAAGGCGAGUGCAGAAGGGGGGAAGAGUGCCCCUACAGGCACGAGAAACCCACCGAUCCUGACGAUCCCCUGGCCGAUCAGAACAUCAAGGAUCGUUACUACGGCAUCAACGAUCCCGUCGCCGAUAAGCUGCUGAAAAGGGCGGCGGCCAUGCCUGCGCUGCCGCCCCCCGAAGAUAAAACCAUCACCACCUUGUACAUCGGUAAUCUGGGAACAUUGACGGAACAAGAUAUCAGGGACCAUUUCUACCAAUAUGGCGAAAUCCGUUCGGUGAGCUUGGUGCCUAAACAGCAAUGCGCCUUUGUGCAGUACACAACUCGUUCGGCUGCCGAAGCAGCGGCCGAGAAAACCUUCAACAAACUCAUACUGGGCGGCAGACGGCUGACCAUAAAAUGGGGCCGUUCGCAGGGGCGGUCGGGCCCCUCCAUCGUGGGCCACAUCUCGGACGCGUACGAACCUGUGCCCGGUCUCCCGGGCGCCCUUCCGGAGUUGAGCAACAACUUCUUCAACUUGGAGCCGGGGCACAUUCCGUUGCCGAAUAUGCCGCCGCCGGCUUCGCUCAUGGUGCCGCCGCUUUUCGGACCGCCCCCGAUUCCCUCGUUUUUCUUCAACCCUGCGCAGAUUCCCAAUUUUGUUAGUCCUGCGGCCAGCGCGAGCACCAGUACGGCCACCAGUGAGACUGUCACGAAGCAAACUGUGCACUAUCCCAGUCAGGAUCCUUCUAGAUUGGGUGCCACUCAGUUGCACGCGGAUCGGCAAGAAUAGACCUUGGAGUUUUUUUAAUUAACAAUUCGGUCUAGAAAUUAUUUUUGGAUUACGACAAUGUUUUAUAAUUAUCUAGGGCCUGUAAUUUAAUCAUUAUUAUUCAAAAGCUGCAGCAACUUUUAACUAAUAAUUUAGAAAAAUAAAUCCAUUUUUACAUUGGAA